AUGGCGCAUGCUACAACCGCGUCGGCCUCCUCACAAACUCACUCCGCUGUCGACACUCGCCUCAAAGAACUCAAACAAAAAUUCCUUCCAGAUUAUCCCCUCCGUCUCACCCAGGCAAACGAAAACACGGAUGCUAGAAGACACCAGGGUACCUGUAAAUAUUGCUAUCAAAACAAAGACACCUGCUUUUGUUAUGCCCACCACACGUUCUUAUCACGAGAGGAGAUGACAACCUACCCGGACAGGGCCACGAGCUUGGACAAUGCCCUUCCUUCUAAAUCAACUUCCUCCAAGCAAGGAGCCGCUCCCGCUUCGUUACUGGGCGCCACACCAGCGUCGCGUACCGGAAAAAAGCUCACCUUGAGCGAAUAUAAGAAUAAAAAGCGAAUGCAAGAUGGGGCCCCCGGUGCCGGCCAUUCUUCGACGCCCAAAGAUGCUCCAUCACCGGCCGAAGCUACCAUAUCCAAAGACCAAUCCGCCAAAUCCAAACCUACUCAAUCCAACACUCAUACCCUCUCUGACUCUCUAGGUGGCCACCCUGACAAUGACAGACCGACCAAGAAGCUAAAAACUUCAAAUAACGCCGAUUCGCCAGCCUUGAACGUAUCUUCCAAAAACACACACCCUCGAUCUCCGUCGAAGCGACCACCGACGAAUGACGAACCUGUACCAAAUCCCGAGAAAAAAACCUCGAAAACACAAGCACUCAAAAGGGAAGCUGCAAAUCCCCGCCAUAAAUCCCCUCCGGUAACCUCCAAAGACAAUGUCAAGCAUCGACGUUCACCGAGCCCCCCAGAUAGGCCUCGUGGAAGGCCGACUAAGAAAGAGGAGCGUGAAUCACGGAAACCCGAACGGCAUGCCGCUAAAGACAAUCCUCGGCCACCCGUACUACCAAAGAUGCUUAGCCCUCUCCCCGAAGAGAUCAAUCGGCUUGUUGACGAGUGGGAGCAGGAAAGGAAGAAGGACACAGACUGGAAUUCCAUGGACGACGAACCGCCGAAGCAUUCGAAAAAGGGUCUGGAGAAGUCGCUUUCACAUGCCUCAUCAAAAAGCUCCAAGCUGGAUAGUGAUAGCCGACCUUCAAAGGCCGACCGUAGGGUGGACAGACUAGAACCGAGUGAACGGGAUACAGAAACUCGAAGUCGGUCCCCGAGAAUUGGUUUCAAGGUCCCAGCAAAACGUCCCCCGGCAGACAUGGUGCUACCAAAACCUAAACGGCAUGUGGUCCGUCUUCAAUACGGUGUUCAUAAUGUGGACAGGGUUACGGAUAUACUGGAAUCAGAUGUCGACCAAGGGAGAGGCUCCAAGUACGUGAGGGAAGACAGCUAUCUUACGGACCAAACAUCAGAGAGGGGGACAGCUAGGGACAGAUCGCCCCACCUCCCGACACGGGUAUCCAUCAAUAAUCUGAAAUCGGCACCCGGUGUUAAGAACGCUGUGAAUGGAAAGAUCGCGACCCCGACUAGACGACUUGCUUCAUCUUCUGAACGACCAAGGUCCACCGAACGGGAACCAAAACCCCGGCAGUCAGUAGAAUCGCCCGAAGGCCCAGAAUCUGGUGGAUCUGGUGAUUAUGACGUGCUCAAGAAAGAGGCCGCCAGAUUUUUGGACCUUGGUAUCAAACUCAAACACAAAGCGGAUGGCGCCCUCGGAGUUAAAACUUCCAGUGAAGAGCAGAAUCUUAGAAAUGCAUCAAUAUACGCAUGCCAUUCUGUAAUUGCAUACUUUCUUUCGUUCGGACUCGAGGACGAAGCUCGGAGGAGAGACAACCGUUCCAGUACAUCCGAGGGCUGGAGGGGGGUACUAGCCUACAUAGAAUUUCUCCUUAACAGCAGGCUCAGGGCUAAUACGGAACUACAUGCGCUACUUUAUCAAAUGGGUGGCGUCUGCAGUGAACGAGUAUCGGCGUAUGAACAACAGCGUUUUAUGUCAAUAUCGCUUGCAGACCCAACACGUCUGACUGACGGCAACAGAAAGGAAUUCUUAGACUCUAUCAAACGGAGCAGGAACGGCCUUAUUCAGAUUCUACAAAAAAACCAGGAUUGGUGGAAACUAGGUCAUCAACGACUACCCUGGUCCAAAAUCGAAGCGGAUUACAGGAAGACAUGGUCCAAACGCUCGCCGCGUGUUCCCGGGAGUAAAUCGUUGGUUCCUAGUCACUACUUGACACCAUAUUAUUUACCCUUAUACUCCGGCAGCUCUGCUUUUGAGGCAGCUAGCUUUGCUUGGAUGGUUACCCAGGAGUGGGCAUAUAAGGCGGACUUCUCGCUUGACACUGGGCUCGCUCUUACUUGGCCAAAGAAGGACAGCCGUAACGCAUAA